GACCCCCGGCAGCCGCACCGCCGCCUUCGCCGCGAGCCGCCGCCGGAGCCGCAGUCAGAAGCUGCUGUGAAGGACCAGCGAGCAGUCACACGCCAUCAUGAGGGAAAUUGUUCACAUACAGACCGGCCAGUGCGGCAACCAGAUUGGUACAAAGUUCUGGGAAAUCAUCAGUGACGAACAUGGCAUCCAGCCCACUGGUGAAUACACUGGUACUGAUAAGGACUUGAUGGAGCUCCAGUUGGAGCGCAUCAACGUCUACUACAAUGAGGGUAACCAGGGCAAGUAUGUGCCUCGUGCCAUCCUUGUCGAUCUGGAGCCUGGUACCAUGGACAGUGUCAGGUCAGGACCCCAUGGCGCUCUCUUCAAGCCAGACAGCUUCGUGUUCGGUCAGAGUGGUGCUGGUAACAACUGGGCUAAGGGUCAUUACACAGAAGGUGCUGAACUCGUAGACUCUGUCCUCGAUGUUGUUCGCAAGGAAGCAGAAAAGUGUGACUGCCUACAGGGCUUCCAGCUAACACAUUCUCUUGGUGGUGGCACCGGCUCGGGCAUGGGUACCCUUCUCGUCUCAAAGAUCCGCGAGGAAUUCCCCGACAGGAUCAUGAACACUUUCUCAGUCGUCCCCUCACCUAAGGUUUCUGAUACCGUCGUAGAACCCUACAACGCAACCCUGUCCAUCCAUCAGCUCGUAGAAAACACCGAUGAAACAUAUUGUAUCGAUAACGAAGCUUUAUACGAUAUCUGCUUCAGAACGCUGAAGUUGGCCAACCCCACCUACGGUGAUCUUAACCAUCUCGUUUCCCUCACAAUGUCCGGUGUCACCACCUGCUUCAGAUUCCCAGGUCAGCUCAACGCUGAUCUCAGGAAGUUGGCUGUCAACAUGGUACCCUUCCCUCGUCUUCACUUCUUCAUGCCUGGUUUUGCUCCUCUCACCGCCCGUGGUUCUCAACAAUACAGGGCCCUCACCGUCCCAGAACUUACCCAGCAGAUGUUCGAUGCCAAGAACAUGAUGGCUGCCUGCGAUCCUCGCCACGGCCGUUACCUGACAGUCGCCGCCAUCUUCCGUGGCCGCAUGUCCAUGAAGGAGGUUGACGAACAGAUGUACAACAUCCAGAACAAGAACUCCUCAUUCUUCGUUGAAUGGAUCCCCAACAACGUCAAGACCGCCGUGUGCGACAUCCCACCCCGAGGUAUCAAGAUGGCCUCCACCUUCAUCGGUAACUCCACCGCUAUCCAGGAGCUCUUCAAGCGCGUCAGCGAACAGUUCACCGCUAUGUUCAGGCGAAAGGCUUUCCUCCAUUGGUACACUGGUGAGGGUAUGGAUGAGAUGGAGUUCACUGAGGCUGAGUCCAACAUGAACGACUUGGUGUCCGAAUACCAGCAAUACCAGGAAGCCACCGCCGAUGACGAGGCUGAGUUCGAAGAGGAGGGUGAAAUGGAAGGCGAAUAUGCCUAAACUUGUAGUCACUUCUAUCGUGAUCAGCUAUUAUCUCCAGCGAAUUUUUCCUUGGUUGAUCAUGCAUUGUACAUUCCCUCUCAUUUCAUUGGCAUCAAAUAAGAACAAAGUUUCUCUUCCAUUUCUUUCUAUAUUUUUUGUAAUAUGAUUUAUAGCACAA